GCAUUUUAAAUAUAACUGUGCUAAAAUGGGGCUGUUGACAUACCUAUAUCUAUUGCAUGUACACAUAUCAUUGGCACAAUGUUUUGGCUUUAAAGAUCUUGUAAUAUCAAGAUCUAAGUUGAAAAUCUAUACAAAAGAUGAAAGAUCUCCACAAAUCAAAACAGCAGGUUGUAGAGGGGGAACAUACAAAUUAAAUAGUGAUGAUAAUUCGUUUGAUAACUGCAAUUAUUAUGUGUGUGCAAGAGGGGAAUGGCUUCUUAGAAGAUGUCCCGAUGGCAGAGGAAUUUUACCAGAAAUGUACAAUCUGAAAGAGGAUGCUCUAGAUGAAAUUACCGAUGUGUUCCCAUGUGUGAAAACCUCAAGAUUCUGUACAUCAACAUUACUAGACAGAGGCGUUUCCAAAACAGUAACGAACAUCUGUGGAGUGGAUUUGGUUAUGGUAAUAGAUGUUUCCUGUAGCAUUGAUGAAUUAGACAAGUACACAAUGAUGAGAUUUAUACAAAAGGUUGUCUCUGUAUUUCGCAUUGGACCUGCUUUUACCCAAAUUGCUGGAAGCGUAUAUGGAAGCAAAGUCAUUCCAUUUCUCUACCUGAAUACGUAUAGGAGCCAAAGACAGGUACGAGCUGCAAUAAAAAUGAUGCCACUUGAUGCUAAACCAUGUGCUACCCAUACAUUUGAUGGUCUCCGAGAGGCAAGGGAGGUUCAUUUGACUGAAGAAAAGGGCAGACGUGAUAAGCCAGAUGAUUUUCGAGAAUGUGUUGUUAUGUUGAUGACAGAUGGGUUCACCAAUCCCCAAGAGAAGAAAAGUGAGACUAUUCGAGAAGCGAAAAAGAUACGAGAAAUGUGCAGUUUAAUUUUAGUAACACUGCCAAACACGUCUGAAGUUAAAAGAAUGUCAAUUGCAGAUAAAACAAAAUGGCGUAAUGAAGAGUUUUCUGCGAUACAACCUGACUCAGAUAUGAGGCUUGAUCUGGAGUCAUUUGAAGACCUGGAAGGAUCAAUCAACGAUAUUGCAAGAAAGACGUGUCGAAAUGUUAACAAAUGAAUAAUAUUAUCAUUUUCAAUGUAACACAUGUAUAAUACAUUAAGUACAG